UCGUUUUGCGACAGUUUUUGUUGGUCUGUGCAUAUAACGAUGACCGUAGCUCUAACAAUUAUUGGAAUAAUACUCCAUUCGCAAGUGUUCCAUGCUCAUUCGUUUGUGGGACACGUCAAUGAUAUUAUGAAGUUUAGUAUUGGGCUGUUUACUGUAUUGGUGGCAUUGGUGAGCCGAAUAAUUUACAAUAAGCCAUUAUCGAAAGUUUGGACAUAUUUUGCAAAGCACACGUCCAAUGGGUUGAUCCGCUGCAGUCCAGCAAUAAGGAAAUAUUGCAUCAAGUUUUGGAUAUACCACAUUGUUACAAUUCUAAUCGAAUAUCAUGUGAUACACGGAAUAGGAUUUAGUCAUCAGUGGGUUUACUUCUGGCUGAGUAACAUAUAUCCAUCCACUAUAUGUAGAGAGAUUCAUUUGUGUCAUAUUUUGUAUACUGAUUAUCUGAAUGAACAGCUGGAGGAGCUUUUGAGCAAAUUAUUAAGCAUUAAGAAGCUGAUGGAAGAAUUGAUGGAGUCUCGUAAGAAAGAUAGUGAAUAUCAGUCAAAACUUGAAGAAUAUAUUUCAAACUUAUUCAUAUGCAAGAAACAAUACAGUGAAAUAUGGAGUGUUAUGCGAACCGUCAACAAGUUGUUUGCCUGGACGCAGGUUCUAAACAUUGCCAAUAAUUUCAUUCAAUUCUCCUGUGACUUUUACUGGACAUACAUGCACUUUUCUCGUCUGAAGAAGACUCCAGGAAUUUUCGCACUCUUUCUGUGUCUUAUCCCAGCACCGAUGAUUUUGAUGAUGUUGCUAACGGCCGCAGAAAGGUUUCGCUCACUUGGAGCCAGAAUCGGAAGCAUUCUUCAUGAGAUUCCCAAAACCAACAACCGGGAAUUGUACGACACUGUGUAUAGCUUCUCAAUGCAAGUUGAACAGCAACCAAUGCAACUUCUUGCGUACAAUUUGAUGAAAAUUGAUUAUUCGCUGACUAUCAGGAUUGUGGCCGGAGUUACAUCGUAUAUGGUAAUAUUUAUUCAACUGUCGAAGUAA